AUGUACCGGCGCAGCUAUGUCUUCCAGACCCGCAAGGAGCAGUACCAGCGCGCCGACGAGGCUUCGCGCACCGCCGAGCCCGAGCGCCCGGCCGACGAGGCCUGGCCUGGGACGACCAGCUUGGCGGCGCUGCAGGGGCUCGGCGAGCGCGUGGCCGCCCACGUCCAGCGGGCCCGAGCGCUCGAGCAGCGCCAUGCCGGGCUGCGGCGGCAGCUGGACGCCUUCCAGCGCCUGGGCGAGCUGGCGGGGCCCGAGGACGCCCUCGCCCGCCAAGUCGAGAGCAACCGCCAGCGCUCCCGGGACCUGGCGGCCGAGCGCGCCCGGCUGGAGCGCCAGGGUACCGAGGCACAGCGCGCGCUCGACGAGUUCCGGAGCAAGUAUGAAAAUGAGUGUGAAUGUCAACUGCUGCUAAAAGAAAUGCUUGAACGGCUUAACAAGGAAGCUGAUGAAGCCUUGCUGUAUAACCUGCGCCUUCAGCUGGAAGCCCAGUUUCUGCAAGAUGAUAUCAGUGCGGCAAAGGACAGGCACAAGAAGAAUCUUCUGGAAGUUCAGACCUAUAUCAGCAUCCUACAGCAGAUCAUCCACACUGUUCCUCCAGCAUCCAUCGUGACGAGCGGGAUGAGGGAGGAAAAGUUCCUGACGGAGCGGGAGGUGGCUGCCCUGCGGAGUCAGCUGGAAGAGGGCCGGGAAGUGCUCUCCCACCUGCAGGCGCAGAGAGUGGAACUGCAGGCCCAGACAACAACUCUGGAACAAGCUAUUAAAAGUGCCCACGAGUGUUAUGACGAUGAGAUUCAGCUUUAUAACGAGCAGAUUGAGACACUGCGCAAGGAGAUUGAGGAGACGGAGCGGGUCCUGGAGAAAUCUUCUUACGACUGCCGGCAGCUGGCGGUCGCCCAGCAAACCCUGAAGAAUGAGCUGGACCGGUACCAUCGUAUCAUCGAGAUUGAAGGCAACAGGCUGAGCUCUGCCUUCAAUGAAACUCCAAUUCCCCUGUUCACCCCGAGCCAUGGAGUCUCUCUCAGCACUGGACCCAGUGGGAAAGAUCUUACGAGGGCUCUGCAGGAUAUAACAGCAGCAAAACCAAGACAAAAAGGCCUCCCCAAGAACGUUCCAAGGAGAAAGGAGAUUAUAGCCAAAGACAAAAGCAACGGAACUCUGGAAGAUGCACCAUUAAAAGGUCUGGAAGACACAAAGCUGGUCCAGGUGGUACUUAAAGAGGAAAGCGAACCUAAGUUUGAAUCAGAAAGUAAAGAAGCAACUCCCCUGACACAACAAGGGGUUCCGGAGGAUGUGCCAGAUGGAGCGCAGAUAAGCAAAGGCUUUGGGAAAAUGUACAGGAUGGUCAAGGAGAAAGUGAAAUCCCCCAAGGAGCCCGAGACCCCCACUGAGCCCUACACCAAAGAGCGGCACGUGCUGGUCACCGGGGAUGCCAGUUACGUGGACCCUGGGUUCUGUGUCUCCUCCAUCGCAGCCAAAGGUGGGGUGGCUGUUUCCAUCGAGGAAGAGUCUGUGCUUUAUGAAGGCCAGGUGGAGCCUUCUCCCGAGUCACCCAAGCCCCCGUUAGAGAAUGGGCAGGUGGGUCUGCAGGAGAAAGAAGACGGACAGCCAGCUGGCCAGCAGCCCGUAGGCAAGGAGAUUGAGCCAGAUGGUACAGAGCUGGAAGGCCCAGAGGAGAAACGCGAGGGUGAGGAGCAGGAUGACGGGUCCGGGAGACCCUGUCCCGAGGUCACACCUGGUGCAGAGGAACCGUCUAUACCCCAGCCUACAGGCCCUCCCAGGGCUUUGGCCUAUAAGACAGUGGAAGUGGUAGAAUCUAUCGAGAAGAUUUCCACGGAGAGCAUUCAGACGUAUGAAGAAACUGCUGUGAUCGUGGAGACCGUGAUUGGAAAGACCAAGUCAGACAAGAAGCAAUCGGGAGAGAAGAGCUCUUAAAAUGCCCAGGCUUAAUGGAGAAAAUGUUUUUGGGGCCACUGUAGGGGUAAUGCUUUGAUAAUUUAGAGCAAAUGAUGAAAGGGUGAGGGUUCCUGUUUGGAUUAGACCAUAGUUGACCCAUCCGGCAUUGCCAAUGAAGCCUUCAUUAAAACGUUUUCUUUGCUUGCA